UUUUUUUGCCGCGCCGGUAGCAACCGCCGUUUGGGUGCCCUGCCGCCGCCGCCCGACGCGGACUGUCAUCUUCAAACAUGGCGGUUGCGUGCAGACGCACAUGUGCAUCGGCAGCGUAAAAACGUGCGGAUUUCUGCGGUUCGGCCAAGUUCCAAUGUGAUCGGCGGCAAAACACAACAGCGGGAACCCUGGACGGAGGAGAACUCGUCGAGCUCGGCGGAGGAGGAGGAGGAGGCGGCGGCGCCAAGGGUUCCCGUCCCAGCGACAUCCUCAUGGAGGCGCUGCUGGAGCCCUUACGCGAGCACGUCUCCGUUGUCUGUCCCGGGAACUUCGACUGCCCACGAAGUGUGCUCCGCGUUUUCUGUAUACCGCGAGGCUGCCGACGCUGAUGGUGCUACUCCGAGCGGUUGUACUCUGAGCAGAGAGGUGACUGGGGCCGUCUACGUGAGCGGUGCUUUAAAGAAAUAGAAAGGAAAGAAAAAGGAGCGAUUUUUCUCAAAGCGUCCACCUGCGCUUGACGUUGUUGUAGCUGGGCAACUCUCAACGGGUGAAGAGCGCACGGUAUUGCCGACGCCGCGGGCGGGCGCCAACAACAGGUGUUCUGGGCAGCGAUGACCCGUUUCUAUGGCGGCCAUCACCACCCGCAUUGGGACCAUGCGACAACGCUUCAGCGGCAGCAUAUAUUGGUUCAGCUGUCCCUGGGCAGCAGCCCACCUACGACACUCAGUGGGUCUGGUACGACGGCAGGCUCCCAAUUGGGCUCGCCUACAUCUCUGCCCGAGGCGUUUACAGCACCGAGCUCUGGUGGGGAGGGAAGCAGCGGGGGCAGCCCUUCAGACGGUGGCUCCGGGGGCAGUGCAGCACUACCUCAGCUGAGCACAAAGUGCAGCCUCUGCCAUGACACCUUCACCAUCCCAAAGGUGUUGAACUGCUUGCACACCUUUUGUCAGCCAUGCCUGGAGAAGGAGUGCACAGGGGACAAAGUUCGCUGUCCUCAGUGCAACCAUGACACCCCCUUGCCACCAGGGGGCACAGCUGGCCUUCCUUCGGACUACGCAGUUUCAAAUAUCCUAGAAACUGCUGCUCUCGAAGGUGCCAGCCUUGGCUGUACAGGCUGCAAGGGCAAGGAGUCUAGUGCAGUUGCACGGUGCUUUGACUGUGCCAACUUCCUGUGUCCCAACUGUGUGAUGGCCCAUCAGUUCAUGCACUGCUUCGAGGGCCACCGAGUACUGACGCUAGGGGAGCUUCAGAGUGCGCGGGACGGGCUGCGUGCGCCACAGGACAAACCAGUUGCCUGCCUGCGCCACCGAUCAGAAGCCCUGCGUUACUUCUGCCGCUCGUGUGACACGCCAGUCUGCAAGGAAUGUGCUUUGCUCGACCAUCCAAAGGCAAUGCAUGACCUGGAGCCAUUGAGCGAAGCAGCGCCUCGUCACGUAGAGGGCCUGUCACACAUGGUGGAGGAUGGACGGGUCAAGUCGCACGACCUCAGGGCAGCGCUCAAGACGCUCGAGCAGGUGUCAAGCCGUCUCCAGUCCCAGUACCAACGGGCCCAAGGGGAGGUUGCCGACACUUUCCACUUCUACCGCUCCAUGCUCGAGGAGCGGCGGCAGGAGACCCUGCGUGAGCUUGAGAACGUGUACAAUGCCAAGAUGGUCUCCCUAGGUCUGCUUGGACAGAAGGUUCAAGACACCAUUGAACGGAUCCACCAGGUGUGUGCCUUUGUUGAGCGGCUGACUCGCUUCUCUACGAGCACCGAGGCUCUAGUCUUCAAGCAGCUACUGGAGGCAAAGUUCCAGGGAUUUUUGUCGUUUCGGCCAGAGGCGGGGCUUCACGGUAUGGACCUUGAGUUUGUAUCCAACUACCAGGCAAUCCAAGUGGGCGUGCGCAACACUUUCGGCUACAUCAAGCAGGGUGGAGCACCUGAGGGGGCCCCACGGCAACCGCCCAUUGCUCGACCCAAUGGUGUGGUCCUCGGCCCAGCUGAGCGUAGUUCUACCCUGCACCAGAACGGACAUCACCCACCACCUCCUCCGACGUCUCCUUUUGAGUCCAACCUCCUGUCAAAGCGAUUCAGUUCGGCCAAUAGCCUCGGACCCUUCUCAACCAGUCUUGCUGACGUCAGCCCGUACGAGAAGUGGUCCAGUGGAGGCGCCGACAUUUUCCACAACGGUUCGGACUUUGGCGCUCCCCAAGACGCUCCAGCGCCUCCCCCUCAGAACGCCUUGGCCGAACUGUCGUCCAAGUACCUAGCCAGCACAGGAGUAGGGCUGUAUCCGCUCAAGUCGCAGAUCAAGCGGCAAAAGAUGAUCUAUCACUGCAAGUUUGGCGAGUUUGGAGUCAUGGAGGGCCAGUUCACGGAGCCCUCAGGCGUGGCUGUGAACGCACAGAAUGACAUUGUUGUGGCUGACACGAACAACCACCGCAUCCAGAUCUUCGACCGGGAAGGUCGCUUCAAGUUCCAGUUCGGUGAAUGCGGGAAGCGCGAUGGACAGCUCCUCUACCCGAACCGAGUCGCCGUGGUGCGCCAGUCCGGGGACAUCGUGGUGACGGAGCGCUCACCGACGCACCAGAUCCAGAUCUACAACCAGUACGGGCAGUUUGUGCGCAAGUUUGGCGCCGUAAUUCUGCAGCACCCACGGGGCGUCGCGGUGGACCCCAAGGGCCGCGUCGUCGUGGUCGAGUGCAAGGUGAUGCGGGUCAUCAUCUUCGACCAGAGCGGGAACGUGCUGCAGAAGUUUGGCUGCUCCAAGCACCUCGAGUUCCCCAAUGGCGUGGUAGUCAACGACCGGCAGGAGAUCUUCAUUUCGGACAACCGGGCGCACUGCGUCAAGGUGUUCAACUACGACGGAGUGUUCCUGCGGCAGAUCGGUGGAGAGGGCUUGACAAACUAUCCCAUUGGGGUCUGCAUGAACCAGGGGGGCGAGAUCCUGGUGGCGGACAACCACAACAACUUCAACGUGACUGUGUUCACCCAGGACGGGCAGCUCGUGAACGCUCUCGAGUCCAAAGUCAAGCAUGCGCAGUGCUUUGAUGUGGCCCUCAUGGAUGAUGGCUCUGUGGUGCUGGCGAGCAAGGACUACCGGCUGUACGUCUAUCGCUACGUGCAGCUUCCAGCGUCGUCCUCGGCGCCUCCGGGAUCGGGGGGCAGCGGCGGCAGCGGGAGCUGUCUCUGAUGGGAGAGUGUGGGGCCACCUUUGUUGCUGCGCCUUGUUUGCACAGGCUCUCUCUCCCUCUCUCACACACACACACUCCUUCCUCGUUACAUUUUUGUCAUCAUCAUAUGACCUCAUUUUUUGCAUGCCUCUUGCUCUUUUACAUUUUUCUUUUUAAGUGGUUCUGUAAUUGUGAGGAGAAGGACGAUGUGUAUAGCUUCUUUUUUUCUUUUUAACGAGAGCAAGAGGCACAUGGUUGAAGAGGGAGAAAAAGCCAGUAUUCUCACCCCCCCUCCCCCUUUACUUUUUUUUUGUCUUCUCAUGGUCCACGAAGGGACUUUACAAUGUUUAGCCAGUGAUUGGCAGUUUUUAUCAAGAAGGCACCACCAAUGCUGUUCCUUUUAAACAUGCCUAUUUUUUUCUUAUGACAGGCUUGCUGUCACUUGUGUUGUGGCCUGUGUCAUUUUUUUUUUCUUUGAUCUGAUCUACUUAAGUUAUUUGGGGUUUUUAGUGCAUAUGGUUUCAUUGUUUAUUUAAACCAUAUAUAAUCUACACACAGAGGCUCUUGUUAUGUUAAAUAGCAUAGUUGUUGUAGUGUUGUUUCCUUUCCCCUUUUUUUUUACAUUUUCUGAUUUUUUUUUACCUGUUUGGUUUGUGGGAUUUCCUCAACCGAUAUAUUAUUACUUUUCGUUUGAAGCUUCCCUUUUAUUUAGUAUUGUGUCCGGUUAAGUCUGUUUGCUGUUUAUUGCAUUCUUUGUUUGGUUGGCUUCUUUUUUUCCUUCACCCCCCCCCCUUCCCCCUUUUUAGUAUUUUGUUUUCAAUGUUUAUUAUAUGCUCUCUCUGUUAGAUCUUGUUUGUUUGGGUUCCCUAGGAGAGCUUUUGAGGUUACAAGCUUUUUGUGUACGGUCCUAGUCAUAAACCGUGAAUGGUGCAGCGGAAAAAAAAAUCUGUUGUUUAGGAGCCCACAGAUCACACACACACAUAUACACGUACACACACAAAUUACUGUAAGGAAGGCUGCAGAACAAGAGGUAGACAGUAGUCAUGCCAAAGAGAUGUCGUCCUGGGCAGGCAUCUUAGAAGGAAGUUCGGGGGGGGGGGGGGGGUUAGUUUGCACUGCCAUAUUUUAGGCCAGUUCUGUCAUCAGCCAGCUUCUCGAGGCAGCUGUGAUUGGUUUGAUGCCUGCAUGUGCAUAGAGGGGCCAGUCAUAAGCGAUAUCACUCCUCAUUUUACUCCCUUUCUGUUUUUAAUCCUGUUUCAAUUUUUUCUUACUUUUUUUUUUCUGUUGCCCUGAAGAGCCAUGUGGUGUCUGGCAUUGGGUUUGUUACCUGAAUGUGUUUGAUGAGUAAUUCUUUGGAGCUUGGAAUGCUCACGUGUGAAGGCAAUUGUGCCAAGUGUUGUCGUUGUCCCCCCCCCCCCUAAAGCCAGUGUACCAGGUAUCUCCCUCCCACCCCCUCCUCUUUCUCUAGUGUCACCUGUGAAGAACUUGCCUUUCCAUGUGUUUAGGGUGAGGGGGUGAGCUUGCAUCAACAGUCCCAGGAGAUCUCUCCUUAUCUUCUUCUGCCCCCAUGUUGUUAAACAGUUAAUACUGCCAUCGUCCCUUAGGUGUCUGCCUCUGGCAGUUGUAGCCGGAGGUGGCAGCGCCUUCACCAAUUUCUUUCACAUGAUUCUCGUAGCAGCUGCAGUUGACAAUUCUCGCAGGUGAGUCUGGGGGGUGGUCGUAGCUUGUUAAACGUGGGGCAAAAAAAAUUCCACGUGAAGGGUUGGAAUUCCCUCUAAGGAGCGUAGCAUCUCCCUCGGGCUCAGUUUUUCCUUCUGCGGCUAGUCAUUGGGGGCUGCCGUCAUCUGAGGAGUUUGCCUGUCCAAGCUUUGUUCUCUCGAGGUCUCGUGAAAUGUGUGUAGCCGUUACUACUUUUACUACUGCAUGUGGGAGACCCCACCAAACCAAACAGAACGAUAAAAUAUGAAGGCCGAGAAUGUUGUCUUCACUGUCUGGUCUGGAGCUUUUUAUAAGAGUUAAGUUUUUUUGUUAAUUGAGUUUGUGUUGUUUAAAAGGAAGUUUUAGUUUGCGCCAUUCUGUUUUUAUAUUGAGGGAGCAAAGCUUUUCUUUCUGUUGACACACUACCGCUUCUCUUUUUGUGUGUUCUGCAGUCUUUCCUUUUUUUUUUGUCUUAUGCAUUUACAUGUUACUGCCAUUCGUAUAGUUUGCUCUACACAACCUGAAUGUCUUCUAGAAGUGGCUGGGCAGGACACUCCAUGCCUGUCUGCUUUGUUGUAUUUUUUAUUUUUCGACUGUUGUAUUGUGUAUAAUCGAACGCACAUGUAUUGGUCUUGCGGGCAGUGCCGGUGCAGUGGGGCACGCUGCAUGACGUUGCUUGGCAUGUGAAAAAAAAAAGCGGCAGGUGCGACACGUAAUGCUCAAGGUUUCGACGACCGCCUCACAGCAGUGUGCAUUUUUUGCUGGUCGGCAGCAGAUGUGAACGCUAUGUUGUUUGCUCCUAUAUAACUCAUUUCUCUACAUGACAGAAUUUUGCAGUUGUGAUUCACCAAGCAGACAAACACGAGGUAUUCUGUUGAAUAAACUAUUUUUGUUGUUUCAGCAAUAAGUGAGUGAAUGCCAGCAUGGGCAAGCAAAGCAUGCAAACACAUUUUGCAGUGGCACACGUUUUCUGAGAAUCUCUUGCUUCUGUUGAAAGAAAACUGUUGGUUCUUGGCUUUUCACGCAGGGUCUGGCGAUGCGUUGCAUGCAAUGAAGGCUGCAGGCUUUUUCCUAGCCACAUCCACGCUGCUGUGGACUGAAGCGCUCAUGCCUUUUUUUUUCUUCUCAAGCUGCACUACUUGGCUUGGGUCGUGUGGGCGAUGUUUGCGAGUGCAAGUUGUCGUUUUGGUGUGCCCUCUGGUUGUCUGUACAAGUGUGUGCGUGUGUGCAUGCGUGUGUGUGGUUGUACACUUGUCUGAUGUGGUGAUGGCCCUGAAUAUUGGCAGAGGUACUCCCCCACCCACAGCCCCUCGCCCCAUCCCCUGCUGCCACCCCAUCUAUACAUAUCCACUACAUCGUUUGUUGCUAGCUGAGGUGCGAAGAAAGGCCUGGUGUGUUCUAGGGUUGCUUGGCUUCCCUAGCAGAGCUCUUAAAAAAAAUAACCCAAUCCAUUUUCUUCCUUCCAGACUAUGCAAGUAUGCAUGGGGAGACGAAGCUGAAUGACCACGACAUUUCACUUCUGUAGUGGCCACCAUUGAUCGUUUCAGUUUGUCUUUUGCCAGCAUUGUUUAUUUAGCUACGCUCAUACAGGCUUUUGCAGACAUGCAUGUGCCUUCAUGCAGUUCUUGAUUGGCUUUUAUUCAUUUCUUCUCGCUGCCACUUAAUUAUCUUCAUGCACUUUUCAUCAUGUGAUCUCCUCUGUAACUCUUCUUGUUUCUGAGAGCUCUAAUCCAGCGGUCUCUGGUACCAUUACAUUCCGGAGUUGUUUCCAAAGAUGCUAGCACAUCUCAUUUUCUUCUCUUCACAACUUUGAGUACUCGUAUUUGCUGUGCACCUAGGGCUUCCAAGGCUUUUGAGAAAGCUUAAUGACAAAAUCGCCACAAUGGCUUACUCUUUAUCAGAUGAGGGAACUGUCUGGAGCAAUAUACCAUCGGGAGAACAUGAUCAGACCUUCUGUGCACCUUCUAAUGCUGUUCACAUGCUGCAGAUUUUUUCCGGGAGUGAAUCUUAUCGCUCUAGACCAAGCCACAAGGUUCGUUAACAUUUUAUCCAGUUAGGUUCAUCAAGGAACACAGUUGAUUGCAUAUUCCAUAUUCCAGUUUACGAUGCCAACUUGUCGGAAGAGUUUAAGGUUUUUCAUAGUACAAAACCACAUGUCUUUACGGCAGUUACACAGCUUCAUUUGCAUUUUUUUUGUUUCAUAUGCGCGUGUUUUGUUUUGCGUUGACUUUUUCGGAAGGUUUAUUAUUUAAAGAGAAAAAAAAAACGUGAGAUGAAGUUUCUCGUUCUUAAUAUAUUAUCUCCAUGUUCACGUCAUACACAUAUAUAAAAGUAUAUACGUGUGUGCAUGCGUGCAUAUAUUUAUACCGUGUAUGUGGGAAGAAAAAUGUUGAAAACGUUUUGUGUGAACGUGCAUUUAUCAUUGCAGUGUGGAGGGCUGUUUGGGAUGAGGGUGGUUGCUUUAGGUGUUCUGUUUUUCUCAACACCCAUCCCCAUUUAGGGGUGCCUCGGAGACUCUUUUACGAAGGUGUUUCACUUGCUCACCUCAUUCUCUUGCAAAAAAAAAAAAAAACAUAACACACUUCCCCUCUCGUAGGUAGGUGCCAUUUCUUAGUCUCUAGGCACACCAUGCACAGACGAUGCUACGAGGCGUAUGUUACACUGGCAUCCCUGCCACUAACUUGCUAGGGCAGUGCACCGACGAUGAGCCCACGUUCUUGGAGCCUCUUUUUUGACUGCUACACAGAGCCCAAGAGGAUGCCUCUCCAACAGCCCUGUAGACAUGCCAUGUUCGUUGGCAUUGUCGAGCAUUGGCGGGAAGGCUGGCGUCCAAACGCGAGGGCAGUUAAACGAGUGGUUGCAUUGGGAGCUGGCAUUGGCACUUCUCUCCACUGUGUUUGGUGUUGCAGGACAGCCCGGUCGCGGAGUGCAACUUUGGCCUUGGAGUUGUUCUUUUUAAGCCUUGUGGGGCCAGGCGGUGCGAUGUGUGCUGCCCUGCCUUGCCCCUGGCUCCGGUUGUACGUGCCUAGUCAAGUGCCACUUUCAUUGCAUACACGGUCAAAGAAAGCUCCAGUGCUAAGAAGAGGAAAAAAAAAGCAAUGUGGUGUCAUUGCUCUGUCCUGCUCUCCCCGAUAUUUUUUUAAACGUAGGGCAGCAGUUGUGCGAGUUGUGUGCUGUUCGUGUUGUCCGGCCGUGUUUUGUGUGGAUGCCCGUACAUUCCUGUCAGUUUUUCGACUUGCGUUCUUUCGGCUGCUGUUUCUCCGACUAGUUGCUGCAGGUUGCAUGUUUUCUCACUCCCGUUUGUCGCCCUCUCUCUAUCUCGUUUGUCUCUGCAUCUUUUCUCCGUUUCUAGCAGACGUGCUCAACACUUGUUCAGAGCUGUUAUUUAUUUGUUCCUCAUCAUUUUGAAUGCUGCUGCGGCAGUAGUCUUGAGUUCUUUGUUAACGGGCUGCAGGCCAACGUGCGACUCCAUAUUGACGUUAACGCAGUUUUUCUACCGAGAGUUCCAUGAUGUGAAUUUUUCAUCAUCUUUGUACGUUUUUGAGUAAUGUAUCUGUGUCGUCUGUCCCAUGUUCCCCUUUUCCCCAGUGAUGUACAGAGCUGAGUUGCAUUCGUUGGUUUCCUCCUCCCUUUUUUGUUCGUCAUAUCGAAGUCCCGCAAAGACAACACCCCAUGUUUUAUAGCAGUCUGCACUCUCGAGCCAAAUUGGUGGCAGGGGCUGGCUUAGGCUCACCACCAAUAUUUGUUGCUCUCUCUCUCCAGCAGGGGUAUAAAAAAAAGAUAUCGUACAGUGUCACUACAUCUUUGUUUCCUUUCGGAAGAAAAAAAAAAAAACUUGCGUGUUGUGUACAGCUGAGAAGCUGCUUUUUGACUGUACGAAUGGUGUCUAGCGUGUGUUUCUAGAGUAAACGUUGAGGACAUCUUUUAGUAUUUUUUAUACGCAAGUGCUCCUGAGUGGUGGCCGACCGGUGAAUCGUCCAGGUGACCGCACUGUGUGGGUCGGUGUGUUUGUACGCGCUCCCCAACAAAUGCAGUGGCACGCCUAGGGAACUUCCCGUGGAUGGGCGGCUGCAUCUGUUGGAAAGUGCUGCAGUGGUACAGUGCGAGGGCGUUUGCCAAACAUGUCUGCUGCCUUGCCCGAAUCAGAUCUCUCCGGCGUUGUAGUCCGAAAGAAACACCAUCAACACCGCGACAAUCUUAAAUCGGGGGAAGCAGACUUCGUAUUACACAGCAGGCAUGCGACCCCAGGGCCCCUCCUCCGUCAGGGCUGGUGAUGCUGUAGUCCUGCAGAGUAGAUUUCGGUGCUGCGCUUGCAGCAGCAACAGCCUUGGUUGGGUUGGGUUGGGUGAAUGGCGUUUGCCAUUUCGGGCUCCUUGCUGCAAACCGAAUCAAUUGGGCGCCUAGCUGCAGGUCUUCGACGUGUACCAGUACGGCGGUUCUAAGCCUUGUGUGUUUUGUUAUGUUGGUGCUGCAAGAACACAAUGAUUUAUAUGUAAACUGCGUUAGUGCGGAUAGAAAAUGCAAAAAAAAAAUGGCCAUCUAGGCAGGUGAACAAAGUAAAGCGUUGCGUAAACGGCGUGUUUCUUUAAGAGAAGUCCACCACUUCACACACGCAGAGUCAGUUGUUAAAGCAGAGUGGCACCCUUAAAAAAAAUGUUUUCUGGAAAUGUUAGUAGCGCUUCUGGUUGGGCUUUCGGUUCGUGUUACCAUUCACUGAGCGUUAACGCAUUCACCUGGUGUUUUCAGACUCGAGUUUCAUUUCUUUAGCGUGUGCCCUACAGUGUAGACUCUCGUGAGUUCCUGCCCAGUGCUGGCUGACAGACGCAUAGUAAUUUGGUGCCUUCCUCGCGUCGAGUGAAUGAGGCACAAAAAGAGAUUAAAAAAAAAAAAAGUGGGCACCAAUUUUUUUUGGAAAUUGGUAUUUCGCUUCCCCUCUUGUCUCUGUCGGCAGGAUCUCUUGUGGAAGUGCUGUGAGCUGCUCUUGAGAAUAAUCGGUACUGAAUUAAGGCAUUCAUUUUUUCCUGGUGCAAGGUUCAGUACGAUUCUCACAGGCCUUCGCAUUUUUCUCGUGUGUGUGAUGUAACUAACUUAUUAGACCAACAUUGUUUGUACUUUUUUAUGUCUACUCCCUUUUUUUGUUGAGAUUUAGUGUAUGGGUAACGCAUCAACAAUAAAAUAUUUUUGUUUUGGUGAGCA